UUUCUAAAUGCAAUCUGAAUAGGACGGUAUCCAAGCGGGAGAGCUGUGGGAAAGAGCCUACCCGGGAGUUUGUCCGCCUCCACCGAAGCAGCCCGAGUUCUAAACUCAGGUUGGACUAGGUCUCGGUCUGUCUAUGCGCGGAGCUCUGUGGCCAGAGAGAGAGAGAGAGAGAGAGAGAGAGAGGGAGAAUUAGGACGAACUCUCAGUGCACCUUUUUGUCCUCCGAUAUGCAGAUUCUCUGAUAAAGCAUCAGUUAUCUGAUCAUCUCAUACAGGUCCUGGAAAACUGCGAGUGUAUGGGAAUCUUUAACAGUUUUUUUUUCACCUAGGUAUCUCGCCUUGAUCUCCUAUAUAACCCGAGACGAUUGUGAGCCGUAAUAGGCUAUUUUACUACUGACGGCUCUUGCAGCUCUCUCUUGGCAUUUUCACGCCUAGGCUACAACAACUACUAUUGCUGACUUAUUCUGCCUGUGGAUCUUGCCGUUGCGUCUUAGAAAAGGUUUAGGAAGCAGAGGAAGUGAACCACUCCAGAAUCAUGGGACACUUUCAGAUCUCCCCCAUUCUCUCCCUUGGCCUUCGGUUCGUGGUUGUCGUAGCGAUCCUGUUCCUCAAAUUCCAACAUGUGCCGGCUAUGUCCUCGGAUGUGGACUUGGAUCAGUUCGUGUCUCCUACUGCCAGCAGCAACAUUACUGUGUGCACUACAGCAGGCACAGCAUGCGAAAAAGGGGUGAUUCUGCCUGUCUGGGAACCUCAGAAUCCCUCGUUCGGGGACAAAGUGGCACGGGCUACAGUCUACUUCGUGGCCCUGGUGUACAUGUUCCUUGGAGUGUCCAUCAUCGCUGACCGUUUCAUGGCGUCCAUCGAAGUCAUCACCUCUCAGGAGAAAGAGAUCACUAUUAAGAGACCCAACGGAGAGACCACCACCACCACCGUGCGGAUCUGGAACGAGACAGUGUCCAACCUCACGCUCAUGGCCCUGGGUUCUAGUGCCCCUGAGAUCCUACUGUCCGUCAUUGAGGUUUGUGGACACGGUUUUGAUGCGGGAGCGUUGGGCCCCAGCACUAUCGUGGGCAGCGCCGCCUUCAACAUGUUUGUCAUCAUCGGCAUCUGUGUGUGGGUGGUGCCCGACGGGGAGGUCCGUAAGGUCAAGCACCUGCGCGUCUUCUUCGUCACAGCCACCUGGAGCAUCUUCGCCUACAUAUGGCUCUACCUGAUCCUGGCAGUCAUCUCCCCUGGCAUAGUGCAGGUAUGGGAGGGCCUGCUCACCCUCUUCUUCUUCCCCAUCUGCGUGUUGUUCGCCUGGGUCGCUGACCGACGCCUGCUCUUCUACAAGUACGUCUACAAGCGCUACCGUACCGGCAAGCAGCGGGGCAUGAUCAUUGAGACCGAGGGCGACCGCCCGCUCCCGUCCAAAGUCGACAUCGAGAUGGAUGGGAAGAUGCUCAACUCUCACGCGGCGGACUUCCUGGACGGGCCUCUGGGGCUGGACCUGAACGUGAAGGACCUGGAUGAGGAGGAGACCCGGCGCGACAUGGCCAAGAUCCUCAAGGAGCUGAAGCAGAAGCACCCAGAUAAAGAGGUGGAGCAGCUGAUUGAACUGGCCAACUACCAGGUAUUGAGUUCACAGCAGAAGAGCAGGGCCUUCUAUCGCUGCCAGGCCACCAGGCUCAUGACCGGCGCUGGGAACAUCCUGAAGAAGCAUGCAGCCGACCAGGCCCGCAAGGCCAUCAGCCUGCACGAGGUCCGCUCUGAUGUGGCUGAUAACGACCCUGUCUCCAAGAUCUAUUUUGACCCUGGCUCCUACCAGUGCCUGGAGAACUGCGGCACAGUGGCAGUGAACGUGCUACGCCGAGGUGGCGACCUGACCAAGACUGUGUCAGUGGAAUUCCGUACGGAGGAUGGAUCAGCCAACGCGGGCUCAGACUACGAAUUUACCGAAGGGGUGGUGGUGUUCAAGCCCGGAGAGACCCAGAAAGAGAUCCGCGUGGGUAUUAUCGAUGAUGACAUCUUUGAGGAGGACGAGAACUUCCUGAUCCAUCUGAGCAACGUCAAAGUGCUGCUGGCAGAGGGGGAGGAGGUAGAGAACCCAGAGACCAAUCACGUGGAGGCAGUGGCCUGUCUCGGUCUGCCCGCCACUGCAACCGUGACCAUCUUUGAUGACGACCACGCCGGCAUCUUCACGUUCGAGGAGCCGGUGGCGCACGUGAGUGAGAGCGUGGGUACCAUGGAGGUGAAGGUGCUGCGUACAUCGGGGGCACGUGGGGUCGUCAUGGUGCCCUACAAGACUGUGGAGGGCACAGCACGCGGAGGUGGAGAGGACUUUGAAGAUACUCACGGGGUCUUGGAGUUCCAGAACGAUGAAAUCUUCAAAUGUAUAAAGGUCAGAAUCAUUGACGACGAGGAGUACGAGAAAAACAAGACCUUCUACGUGGAGAUGGGAGAACCUCGCCUGAUGGAGACCAAUGACAGUAAAGCUACAGAGGUGGCUGAGAAGGAGGUGGAAGAGGUGGUGCCGCUAACAGGAGUGGAUGAUGAGGAGCAACGCAUCGCUGAUAUGGGUCGACCCACGCUUGGGGAUCACGUCAAACUUGAAAUCAUCAUCGAGGAAUCCUAUGAGUUUAAGAACACUGUGGACAAGCUGAUUAAGAAGACUAAUCUGGCCCUGCUGGUGGGGACUAACAGCUGGAGAGACCAGUUCAUCGAGGCCAUCACUGUCAGCGCCGGUGAGGAUGACGAGGAUGAAGAGUGCGGCGAGGAGAAGCUGCCGUCCUGUUUCGACUACGUCAUGCACUUCCUCACCGUCUUCUGGAAGGUUCUGUUUGCGUUCGUGCCCCCGACAGACUACUGGAACGGCUGGGCCUGCUUCGUGGUGUCCAUCUGUAUGAUCGGCCUGCUCACAGCCUUCAUCGGGGACCUGGCCUCCCACUUCGGCUGCACCGUGGGCCUCAAGGACUCUGUCACCGCCGUGGUGUUCGUGGCCCUGGGAACCUCCGUGCCAGACACCUUUGCCAGUAAGGUGGCAGCCAUCCAGGACCAGUAUGCUGAUGCAUCCAUCGGCAACGUGACGGGCAGCAACGCGGUCAAUGUGUUCCUGGGCAUCGGCGUGGCCUGGUCCAUCGCCGCCAUCUACCACAACUCCAAGGGCAACGACUUCAAGGUAGACCCGGGGAGCCUGGCCUUCUCCGUCACCCUCUUCACCAUCUUUGCGUUCAUCUGCGUGGGAGUGCUGAUGUACCGGCGGCGACCUUCGAUCGGCGGCGAGCUGGGGGGUCCGCGGACUCCCAAGAUACUGACCACCAUGCUGUUUGUCAGCCUGUGGCUGCUUUACAUUCUGUUCUCCUCACUGGAGGCCUACUGCCACUUCAGGGCCUUCUAAACAGCUACAAACUUAAGAAGGCCCUAGAAGAGCUAACCGGAGACAAGAAGGAGGAAACAGCAGCAGUGAAAAACGUUUUUCUCUUGUCGUUAAUAACCCCGACCCAACUCACCCAACCCCGACCCACCUCCCCCUUUUAAGAAGUGAAAGAUCCCUCCCCUAGUGCUUAAUAAGGGAUGAGACUGGUUGUUCAGGCGAGGAGAGGCCUGUCAGCGCUGGGACAGAGAAACCUCUGAAGUCUGUAGAAUGACAGUUGUGUGUGCGUGUGUGUGCGUGCGUGUGCGUGUGCGUGCGUGUGCGCGCGCGUGUGUGUGUGUGUGUGUAGCUGUUUGUUAUGUCUCUCACUACCCAGCAACCCUAUAGAAACAGCAUCGUCGACGCCUGGCGCUCAUUUCAAACUAAACACUAGACAUUUUUAGUGAAAUCCUUUAAGAAUUCCCAUACCACCAUUAUUGAUAUGUAUAUGCAUGAACAUCAAAAGAAACAAAGAUACGGCUGUUCACAAGCAUAGUGGGUGGGGAGUAACAGGUACUUUUGAAGAAAGUCUCUUGUCUGUGUGUUAGUCUUAAUAAAUCUCAGUUAGGGCCUGGCUGCAAGAGCUGCUCACCACCUUCUGACCCUCGGUUUGAUCCCAAGUAGAACAUCUGAUUAGGUGUCCUCUGUUCUUUUAUCUUGCUGUAGAUGUAGUUGUGUUAAAGGAGUUUAGCAUACUUUUACCUUUAAGGCCGUAUCGUGAUUGAAUGGCCAGCGUUACCAUUUUAACUAUCAGAUAACUCGUUGUCAACUUACAUGAUCAUUUUCAAAACUAUCCCAAGAUUGCAUUUCCAGUUUAGUCAAUAGGGGUUUCACCACCAACAUGCUUGAUUCAAAUUGCAAUAGAAUGCAGAGAGACCGUACUGGAUCGCCCUCUGCAUUAGCUUCAUCCAUUGGCUACACAUCUUUCAGCAGCCUCUCACUAUUGGCUCUUUCUCUCUAUCUUUGUGUCUAAACUCCUACCAGACUGGUCUUUUUAGCAGUCUCAGUCCUCAAGGGCUCUACAGUCAUUUCUUAACCACUAACCCUAAUCAGAAACCCUUUACCCCUCACCCCUAUCAUAAACCCACCCUCAACACCCCUAUCAUAAACCCACCCUCAACACCCCUAUCAUAAACCCACCCUCAACAAUCCUAUCAUAAACCUCUCAACACUCCUAUCAUAAACCCACCCUCAACACCCCUAUCAUAAACCCACCCUCAACACCCCUAUCAUAAACCCACCCUCAACACCCCUAUCAUAAACCCACCCUCAACACCCCUAUCAUAAACCCACCCUCAACACCCCUAUCAUAAACCCACCCUCAACACCCCUAUCAUAAACCCACCCUCAACACCCCUAUCAUAAACCCACCCUCAACACCACUAUCAUAAACCCACCCUCAACACCCCUAUCAUAAACCCACCCUCAACACCCCUAUCAUAAACCCACCCUCAACACUCCUAUCAUAAAUCCACCCUCAACACCCCUAUCAUAAACCCACCCUCAACACCCCUAUCAUAAACCCACCCUCAACACCCCUAUCAUAAACCCACCCUCAACACCCCUAUCAUAAACCCACCCUCAACACUCCUAUCAUAAACCCACCCUCAACACCCCUAUCAUAAACCCACCCUCAACACCCCUAUCAUAAACCCACCCUCAACACUCCUAUCAUAAACCCACCCUCAACACUCCUAUCAUAAACCCACCCUCAACACUCCUAUCAUAAACCCACCCUCAACACUCCUAUCAUAAACCCCUCAACACUAAACCCUCUUUCUCUCUCCACUGAGCUGCACAUCUUCAUUUUUUAAAACAUUAAAUGGAAUAUUUCAAUAAACAAUUUCUUAAACAUAAAAUACAUCAAUUGUAAUGGUGGACAGACGUGUAGAUUAAAAGGUUCCCAUAAUGCAGUAGCUAUAGGGACAUUUUUACAGACGUUCAAAGUGAAGCUGGUGAGAAAUACAUUGACUGACUUUUUUCUAUUUUCUGAGGUAAAGGCUUUUGUCUUAAUGAUGCAAUCUUUUGAAUCCAUCUAACUGCCAGUCCCCAGAUAUAAGGGUUUACAUCCAAGACUGUUACUCCACGUCCAGUUCAGACACAUCAGGCAGGUCAGUGUGUGGAAGAGGAAGACGGUCCACAUUAUUUGAUGAAUACCCCGAGUUUCCUACUGAGUUGGUUUAAUACACUAUACUUGAUGUGUAACGUAACAAUGAAGUAAAAGUAAUCAUAGUUGUAGUUUGGUUUAGAAAAUUAAGAUUUUGUCUCGUUCUUGUCAUUUCUCACCACAGAGGUUGCAGCCCCUGAGAAGGUUCCAUCUAGGUUAAAGUACUUAUAUGGAAGCCAAGUGGAGUUUACUCCUAUUUUGCCAAAGGGAACUAUUUCUAAUGGAAACUCCAGUAACAGCUUAGCCAGAAUAUGAGUGUGUUUUCUAACACACUGACGUUUCUUAACACCACCAAAAAGAUCCCUGUGUGGUACUUAAAGCCUUGGUAUUGUUUGACCGAAACAGAACAUUUCUAAUUCCAAAUUUGGAUGAAAACAUUCACAUUUCGUGGAGAUGGUUUAAUGUUUCGAAUUGAAGGAAAAACAUUGCACUGGUUCCCGUGUUUCUAAUGAAAAGGAUGACAUUGUUUAUAUGCUGACGAUGACUCUGCUGUUACAUGAUUAUACAUUAUGACCUUUCUCUGAUCUGAAAAGGUUACUAUGACAUUGAAAUACUAAAAAAGACCUUUCCUCCAACCCUAAUACUCAACUAACCAACUACAAAUGACAAGAAGAGGAGGAGGAGAAAGAAAGAACAUGUGAAGUACAGCCAUACAUUGUGUACUGGUGCAGUGAAGCACAAGGACUUCUCCUGCCCAGCAUGUGUUGCUAUAGUGUACGUCUGCACUGUGACUGUGCAGCAUCUCUCUGUGUACUCUACCCUGCCCACAUGCCAUGUCCAUAUUUUGGAAUGUUAAUUGUUAAUUAAUGUGCUACUUGUUCACACUGUGCAUGAAUGAUAACAUGUCUGUAUAUACUAAGCAGUAUCCCAUUCGUUGAUGUUGACGGAGGUUUGAAUGUUGUAUAGGUUUUGACUUUUUUUUUUAUGUACUAUAACCUAAUGUUAUAUUUUAAGUUGAAUGAUGUAUUUGGUAACUUGCACAUUAAAUUGAAAAAAGGCAAUAUCUGCUGUUGUUGAAUGAGGGUGAGAACUUAACGAGUUACGUAUCUUAAGGGAGUUGCAUGGGUAUUUGUACAAAAGACAAUGCUUGCUUAUAAUGACAUGGCUGGUUGUAUUAUUUGACAGUGUAAAGGCUAUUUUGUCAUUGAAGAGAUAAUAUGUGUAUAUACUGUACAUUGUUACCAGAGAGAGGUCUGAUACCUCCACAUAUCUUAGUGAAUUCUACAUAUUUAUUUUAAAACCCUCACUAAACUCAAGAAUGACAAAUAUUGCCUUUUUGGAGAAGUAGUUGGCUUAAAUGCUUGUUUUGCUCUCGCUCUCUUUUCCUUCCGUGCUGAGCAGUGUUUCGUCUUAGAUAUCUGAAAAGUGUGUCAGUUCGUCAUGCGGGGUGGAUUCCUUCUUCAACUCAAGAUCUGUCUGUCUGUCAACCUGGUAUGUGCCCAGCCAUCUGUCUCUCUGGCCGGUACUGUACCUGCCUAUCUGUCUCUGUCCCUGUUCAGUGUCUGUCUGUCUGUCUGUUGGUACCUGAGGUGCGUCAUCUGAUUUACACCACCACCGCCCACUGCUCAGAUGGACCGUCGUUUUUCAGGGUUCUAAUAUAUUUCACUUUCUCUUUCUUUUCCCUCCUUGCAUUUGCACUUUCUCACUGUUUAGCUCUCUCUCUCUCUCCUCUUUAACUUUCUCUCAACCUUCACCUCUCGAUCUGUCCUUUCCUUGCUGUCUCACUUUAACAGGGUUUAGUUUGCUAUUUGUUUUGUCUUUUUGUUUGAUUUUGUUUGAUUCUAAUUGAUAGAAUAUCAUGAAUUUGUCUUAUUUUGUUGGUGUCGUCUGUGUUUUUUCUUUGUGUCGCACAAACGAAUAGGAAGACAUUACACUAACUGUGAUUACUCUACAUGGUACACUUCUAACACAGAAAAUAAAGUUUGGAAUACCCUGUUUCAAAGA